AUGGAUACAAGAUCAACCACCGCCCUAAGCGACAUGAGCAAACAAAUCGACGAACUACGCUCAUCGCAAGUUCAACAAACGGAAGAGAUCCGCAAAGAACUCGGAGGCGAAAUCAACGCUCUUAAAGGAAUCAUAGAGAAGUUCUUCGCUGAUGCUCAACAUGUUACCCAGCGUGCAGGGAAACAAACCGAAGCUUCCUCUGAGAUCACCGAUGGAACACCUCAAACCAAAGACCCACCAGAUCGUCUCAAUCCAGCAAAUAGCUCGGCAAAGACAAUACCCACCAACAUCGACAACAACAACAACACACCCGUCCAUCAUAGCCUAUCGGCACGACUGACAAAAAUAGGUUUCCCGAUGUUCGACGGCUCUGAACUCAAGGAAUGGAUCUAUCGCUGUGAACAAUUCUUCUCAAUCGACAGCACUCCACCAGAACUAAAAGUCCGGCUUGCUUCACUUCACAUGACUAGCAAAGCUCUCCAAUGGCACCAUUCCUACAUUGCAAAUCGCUACAACCAGUUCCCUCUAUGGCCAGAAUACGUUGCUGCAAUCUCUGACCGCUUCAGCAAACUCUUUGAUGAUCCUUUAUCAGAGUUAGUUAGCUUAAAACAAGGGAACGACACUAUUGAUGAGUAUUUGGAUAAGUUUGAUUGUGCCAUGAACAGGAUCACGCUCACUCCGGCUCAUGCGUUAAGCAUAUUUUUGACAAAUAUGCACCAACACUUAGCUCUUCAUGUUCGCCAAUUCAAGGUCGAUACAGUCCCUGAAGCUGCAAAAAUAGCCAAGUUACACGAGCUCUCCUUGAUGCAUACACCUUCGCGAACAGCUCGCCCUUCGUCCAACGCACCUCAACGUUCAAAUUUUUCACAAACCAACAAGCAUCAAUACAACAACUCAACACCACCAACGACUACCAACCUCAACGAUCAAAACAAUAAACCCCUCAUCGCUAAUACCCCUCAGAAACGAAUUUCUUUUGAGGAGAUGCAAGAACGCAAGCGUAAAGGUUUAUGCAUGUUUUGUGAAGAGCCAUUCACACCAGGACAUCAACUCAAGCAUCGACGUGCAGAGUUCUUAUUCAUGGAGGCUGAAACAGAGUUCGAUGAAGAAAUUGCUUUAGAAGAACAGAUACGUGAAACAACACUCGUAGAUGAUCAAGACGACAAGGUGCCUACCAUCUCUGUACACGCCCUCAACGGCUGUCCAACGUUCAAUUGUAUGCGUCUAAUGGGACAAUACGGAAAACGAAAGCUGCACAUUUUAAUCGACCCGGGGAGUACUCACAACUUCCUCAAUAUACAAGUCGCUAAAGGCCUGGGUUGUUCACUGAUUCCAACCAAGCCGAUGUCUGUAGUUGCAGCAAGCGGAGAUUUGAUUACAAAAUACAAAUGCAACCCGUUAUCAUGGAAGAUGCAGGGAUAUGGGUUCAGCACUGAGAUACGAACUUUACCGUUGGGAUGUAGCGACCUAGUGCUCGGUGUUCAGUGGUUAUCUACAUUGGGACCAAUCCUCUGGGACUUUCUGAAUCUACGAAUGGAAUUUAAUUUCCAGGGUUUGAAACAUGUUCUGAGAGGAGUUUCACCCAACAGUGCCAAGGUAAUAAAUGGAAGCAGCCUCAACAAACUGAUGUUACAAGAGCCGCAACUCGCCCUUCUCCAUAUUCGCGAACUUGACAGCACGCUCGAGACACACCAAACGCUCGACCCUGCAACGCUAUUAUACCAUAUAGAAGCUAGUGGUGCAAACACAGAUGACAAUGAGCCAUUACAACAACUAUUGGCCUCUUUUGCUGACAUCUUUGAGGAACCAACUUCUUUACCACCGUACCGCGAAGGCUUCAACCACAAGAUCCCGUUAGAAGCAGGGGCAAAUCCGGUCAGUUUGAGACCUUACCGAUACUCCGCAGUACAAAAAGACGCGAUAGAUAAAAUGAUUCGUGAGAUGGUCGAUCAAGGCAUCAUUCAAUAUAGCUCCAGCCCUUAUGCAUCUCCCGUGGUACUCGUUAAGAAGAAAGACGGAUCUUGGAGAUUAUGCGUCUACUACAGAGGUUUAAACAAACAAACCAUCAAAGACAAGUAUCCAAUACCACUACUGGAAGACUUACUCGACGAGUUAGGAGGAUCUAAAUACUUCUCCAAACUGGAUCUGCGAGCUGGAUUCCAUCAACUUCGUAUGUCACCGGAAGACGUGCAUAAGACAGCUUUUAAGACACAUUCUGGCCAUUACGAGUACCUUGUCAUGCCGUUUGGUCUUACAAACGCUCCAUGCACGUUCCAAGGCCUUAUGAACCACGUCUUCGAGCCAAUACUUAGGAAGUUUCUGCUGGUUUUCUUCGACGACAUCCUUAUUUAUAGUAAAACCUGGGAAGAUCAUCUCCACCAUUUGGACAUGGUUUUUUCUAUAUUACGACAUCAGCAGCUGUAUCUCAAGAUGUCCAAAUGCACUUUUGGUGCCACAAGGAUCGAGUAUCUUGGCCACUUCAUAUCUAAUGAGGGCGUCAGCACCGACCCUGCCAAGAUAAAAGCUGUCGAGACAUGACCUGCUCCAAUCAACCAGAAACAAGUUCGCAGUUUCUUAGGUCUCGCCAACUACUAUCGCCGAUUUAUACAAGGAUACAGCAUUAUUGCUCGUCCUCUCACGAUUCUGCUUCGUAAAGACGGAUACACAUGGGGUUCAGACGAGUCCACAGCUUUCAAAUUACUCAAGGAAGCACUUACAUCAGCUCCCGUCCUCGCGCUGCCAGAUUUUUCUAAGACAUUUAUUGUCGAAACUGAUGCAUCAAACACUGGCAUAGGAGCAGUACUUAUGCAAGACAAUCAUCCCAUUUGCUAUAUCAGUCGGGCACUGGAAAAACGCCAUCAAGGGCUAUCAGUUUAUGAAAAGGAAUUACUAGCCGUCGUUCAUGCAGUACAAACAUGGAGCCCUUAUCUGGCUCACAACAAGUUUAUUAUUCGAACCGAUCAGAAGAGUCUCAAAUUUUUAUUGGAGCAGAAGAUCACUACCCCGUUUCAGAACAUGUGGCUAUCAAAAUUAAUGGGUUAUACCUUCGAAAUCCAGUAUAAACAAGGAAAAGAAAACAUCGCAGCUGAUGCACUUUCUCGAGUCUCCGGCUCUCAACUUCUUCAGCUUACACUUUCACAAAUCCACCAUGGUUUUUACGACGAACUUAAGCACCUCUGGACCACUGAUCCAACCCUUCAGAAAAUCAUCUCGGAACUGCAGAUUAAACCCUCGUCACACGCGUCUUACACCUUCAUCAAUGAUGAAUUACGACGUCGCGGCAAACUGGUGGUGGGUAAUGAUCCAUCGGUGAAACUUCAUAUAUUUAAAUGGUUACAUGACUCUGCCAUUGGAGGUCAUUCUGGUCGAGAUUCAACGUUGCAUCGUAUCAAAUCUCUCUUCUAUUGGCCUAAGAUGACUUUGGAGGUUCAAAAUUAUGUUCGCAACUGCUCUACUUGCCAAAGGAACAAGUACGAUCAAGCUGCUAAACCAGGGAUGCUUCAACCGCUUCCUGUACCUGCUGGGGUUUGGGAAUCAAUCAGUCUUGACUUCAUCGAAGGGCUACCUCCCUCGGCGGGUAAACACUGUAUUUUGGUUGUCAUCGAUAGGUUGAGCAAAAACGCACACUUCCUUGCUCUCUCACACCCGUACACGGCAAUGGACGUUGCAAAAGCUUAUCUGAAUCAGGUCUUUCGUCUCCACGGAAUGCCUAAAGAUAUUACCAGUGAUCGUGACCCUACGUUUCUAAGCGAGGUGUGGAGGGAGAUGUUUCGGGUACAUGGAGUAAACUUGAAUUACUCAACUGCAUAUCAUCCACAGACAGACGGUCAAACCGAGGUGACUAAUAAGACACUGGAAACGUACCUGCGCUGUAUGACAUCAGAUGCGCCCCACACGUGGAGUGAAUGGUUACCUCUCGCCGAGUGGUGGUACAACACUACAUACCAUAGCGCAAUACACAGCACGCCCUUUGAAGUUAUAUAUGGACAACCUCCUCCAGUCCAUCUUCCUUAUCUUCCUGGGGAAAGCACUUCACCUACAGUCAACAACACUUUACAACGCCGGGAAGAAUUGAUUGAUAUGAUGAAGUUUCAUCUUUUGCGAGCUCAGAAUAGGAUGAAGCAAUACGCAGACUCUCGUCGCUCUGUUCGUGAGUUCGAGAUCGGCAAUUACGUCUACCUCAAGCUUCAACCAUACAGGCAACACUCUCUCAAAGGUCGUCACCUCCCUCACAAGCUUUCACCACGGUUCUAUGGCCCCUUCGAAGUUCAAGAUCGUGUUGGUCCUCUAGCUUACAAACUUCGUCUCCCGCCAGGCGCAGCUAUCCCAUAAUGUCUUCCAUGUCAGUCAGUUGAAGCUCUGUCCAAACCCACCAACUACAACUCCUACUUUGCCACAAUACCUUACUGAUAUUGGCACAGUCAAAGAACCUGCAGCUAUACUUGAGAAGAAAAUGGUGAAACGGCAGAAUAGAGCUGUCACAAAGGUACUGUUUCAUUGGAAGGGGCAAUCUCCAGACAACGCUACUUGGGAAUUUUAUCAAGACUUUGUUGCAAAGCACCCAGAUUUUCCUACUUGAGGACAAGUACGUUUUCAAGGGGGGAGUAUUGUGACAGGGUUAUGUCACGAGUGUUCUAAACCAACGCUAUACCGGUUUUUACUUUAAUAUUGGUUUUAUUUCCUAUUUUCCUUUUAAACGAUUGUUACGUUAAACAUCCUAAACCUUUCUAGGUUAGGAAUCGUUGUUUCUUAUAUAAGGCAUAGCCUUCACAGAGUUUUAAUAAUAAGAAUAUUUUUACAAUCUCUCAAACUCUCCAAUAACUUUCUGUGCAAGCAAUACUAUUAUCAUUACGAUCUCAGGUUCUUCGAGUUGAUCCUUCUACCUCAGUGAUCAUCUUCUAGGUCUGUGCAUCCCCUUUCUUCUAAUCCGCAAGUAGGGUUACUAGCUUGGGACUUACGUUACAGGUUCACUGUCUCAAUCAACUUCCUGAAAUCGGAGCUAGUUGAUGCAUAUAAAGAGGAAGAAUUUUAUUGGCAGCAAAGAUGUAAGGAGAAGUGGGCUACUAAAGGUGACUUGAAUACGAAGUAUUAUCAUGCCUCAGUCAAGUAUAAUAGAGCUAGAAAGCAAAUUACCAAGCUGAGGGAUGAAAAUGGCCAAGAUCAUUUUUCGGAGGAAGCCAAGGGUGAAGUAGCCAGUGAAUACUUUAGAAAUCUGUUCAAGUCUACCAAUGGCGGGGAUUUCUCUCAGU